UCAGAAUAAGAUGCUCAACUGCAGCAGAAAUGGAAAUGUUGAAAAACCGAAGGAAAGCAUUGAGAUUGAGCUUUUACCUCAAAAGAAAUCACUGAAUGACCAUCAAAGUUUUGGGCACCAACUUCUAUCCGUCAUGCACUUCAUUUUCGGACAACAUCUUCAAGUUCCUCCUAUGGACCGCAGCCUUGGCGCGUUUUGGAACAUAAUUUUUGCUUUCCAUUCAUUUGCAGUUUUUGCUGUCGCAUUUUUCUGCACUGCCUCAUCUUUUAUGGCUUUUAAACGGAGCUUCAGUAAUUUUGGUAUCGCCAUGUUCAUUGGUGCAGGAUUUCUGGGCUCCCUUGAGUGUUUGCUGAGAAUAGUUUACACGGUCAUGCGAAAAAGCAAAAUCGAGACGAUUGCGGCUAAGGUUCACUUCACUUUGUACCACGAAAACCUGGAAACCGAUCCGUUACCGUUUGUUAAUCGUCUUUCAAGGGUUAUCACUGUUAUGGCUUUGACUGCAGUGAUCGUAUUCAUCAUUUGUCUCACAACUGGCUACCUAUCUAUUUUUUGGGAAACGACAACGAUUUUGGACAAGUUAUUGCAAAAUAAUACCGCAAUCGAUGCAGAUCAGAUGAUUCGUGAAAGUGAUUACUCUGUUGAGAUUAUUCAAUCGUGGGCGUACAUUUGGCAAGUUUUCUACAUCUGGCCUUCGGUUCUCAUGGUGCGGAUCUUGACCGGAAUCGUCCAUUACUUUAGUUUCUUUGCAAUUGGGCGGGUUAUGAUUUCUGACUUCCUUUUCUACACGUGGUACAGCACUAUAAUUCAUCAGUACCGGCAACUGGCAAAAGUGUUGCCUAAAGUGAUGGACGGACGGGCUGGUAAAGAAAAACUCCAGGAGUGGAACAAGUGUCACCACAACUUGAAUGAGCUGCUGAAAGAAGUAAAUUCUUUGACAUCUCCAGUGAUAGUUUAUGCAGUUAUUUCAACUGGACUCCAAAUUGGCAUAAUGUCAUUCACCAUACUUAACCUCUACACUGAAUCAAAUGCAUUUGCGUUUACGGUUUAUGCGAUUUCUUCAAUGCAGCAAAUUGUGAUUUAUUGCGUCCUUGGACAGAAAAUCAAGGAUAGUGUUAAUAAUCUCAGCGCCGAGGCAUACAAAGGAUCAUGGAUGGAUGAUACUGGUGAAAACAAAAAACAAAUUGCGCUGAUGGUUAUGGCUUCGAGUGAUAAAAAUGGAAACUGUCUCCCAGGAACACCAUUUUUUUCCAUGUCAUUGGAAUUUCUAGCUUCGAUGGCAAGCGCUGUGUUUACUUAUUUCAUAGUGCUGAUUCAGCUAAACAAAAACUGAGAGUUGAAAUAAAAUCGACCGUUUUGGAUUGUAAAAGCAG